GUGCUCCAGGAUUUAUGAAAGAUGUGUUGCAACGGUUCUGAGAUAACAUCUGCCAGCUCUUUAGAAUUCUGGGAUGUAGUCUGAUGGUCCCGGUGAUAUAUACUGCGCCCACCCCAUUGCCAGCAAUGGCAAAAAAAGUUGCGAUAUGUCACGACACGUCAUGUGGCGUUGCGAGUUUGACACCCCUGAUUUAGGGUUUCCAAAGACUUAGAAGGGAACAAGCUGAUUACUAAAACCCAGAAUGGUUUAUUAAAUAUAGUUUAAAUCCUACUACUUCUGUUUAGUGUUUAUUUGAUAAAUUGGUAGAGCAAGAGAAUGUGAUGAAAGUAAUGGGUUUAGACUUCAGUAAGACUUUCUUCCUGAUAAAAUGGAACAAUAUGGGAUGGAUAGUUCCACUGUCUGACGGAUUUGCAGUUAGUUGAAAAACCAUAUUCAACAUGUGGUUCAUAAUGGAUCUAUGUUUACAUGGAGGGAAAUAAUAUAAAAGAAUACCAUAGAGUUCUGAUGUAGGACCAGCGUUCUUCAACAUUUUCUUAAAUGAAUUUGACAAAGAGAUAGAAUGGAUAGUCAUCAAAAUUUUUCACACUGAAAUGUGGGAAGGCUUGCUAAUAGACCAAAAGAUAGAGUCAAGCUUAAAAAAUAUUCUGAUAGAUGUGAACAAGAUCUAGGAUAACUCACCAUAGCUGACCUGCCCCAAUAGACGUGUCCCCGGCUAUUUUCUUACUGACCUGAUUAACUCACCAGAGGACAGUUUGCCCUGGCCAACUCUCCAUGGGACAAUUCAAUGCAGGAUAACUCAAGAGAUGGUCAAGUGAAUUGUAACGGGCCUUAUCUUGCUUUAGGUUUAAACCUUCUCAAAUUAGAAGUCCUCAAGGCUGGGGUGAGCCAGAGCAUGGAGUCCCAGCGGCCCAUUGCCAAGACGUGUGCUCUGUCUGCCAAGCUGUGGAGCAGUCGUAAUAUGCCUGGGUAGUCCCUGCAUGGAUCCCAACCAAGAGGAGGAGGUCUGCCGCCGCCGCUUCUUCCUGGCAUGCUUGCUGUGAGGGCCAGCCACUCUGCUGACAUCCAGGUUUUAUUUGCUCUGGCGGUGCAGGCAGUGUCAUGGCGAUCCUCUUGGACCCUCAGCUCCUACUUGAGCAGCAGAUCAAGGCUGUGGCUAGGAGAGUCAUAAGGAAAUGGAAAACCACUGCAAGAGGGACCUAUGCUCACAUCAUUUUAUGCUUAAGAUGUUUCUGAUAUGCUUGACACAUCACCCCCCCCCAAAGAAGCUCCGGCAGCUCCAAAAUGUACUUGCUGACAGGUUUUUAUAUUAAAAAUUUUCACUGCUGCUGUAACUUGUAAGAUGAGCAAGAGGCUCAGAGUAGGGAUUGGCAAAUCUCAGUAUAAUUUUCUGCUGACUCAAAAAUGAGUGGUCAGCACUUUAAUCAGCAAAGGAGAAAAACCCUUUCUUAUUUAAACAAGAAAGUCCAGUUGCCUCAUGAAAAAGCAUCUUUGGGGUAACUAUGACCUGGAUGACUGAGAAUCUCCAUAGACAUUUAGCUUUGCACUUUGGGAUGAACACCCUUUGAAUGCUGCGGGAGUAUGAACGGAUUUCCAGAAAAAUUGCUGGCGACAGGAAUCAUUUGCGUUUCAGUUUGAGGUGCAGACAACACAGACUCAUCCCCAACAGCCUGUGCCUGUGUUCCAGCAAGAAAGGGACACAGGGCAGAAAACAUCCUGCAGAAAGCACCACUCCAACAAACAAAGUCCAGUUGCCUCGUGAAAAAGCAUCUUUGGGACUGUAUCCAUACAAGAGUUUACCUCCAGAGGCUUAUCCGAUAUGGAAUGAACCCCAACCUCUGAAUUUGUCCAUGAAUGCAAACAACUUUUUUCUUUCUGGAUUUCUAACCUACGCUCUACUUUAAACAAGUCUGUAAAGUUUGUAAAGUUCAAACAAUUGAAGAAAUUUUGCACUAAAAUGCUUAGUCAAAUGACAUAUUAAUGUAUUUUUAGAUGAAAAGAACAGAAAAUAUUUUUACUGGACAGCCUUUGAUAUUUAAGACUUUUUUUUCAGGAUGAAUACAAAGGGAAACUUUAUAAUCAUUAACAAUUGUAUAUCAUACUGAAAAAAUCUGAGUACCUUUCUUUCCUCUCUCUCUCCACUACUAAAUGAGUUUUCAUUCGGUAAGCCUACCGUAGAUAUAGACCAAUGUAAACUUCUGGAUGACCUCCACAGUUCACUACUGUUUGAUUGCAAAGUUGACUGACACAAAAUACUAAGAAUUUUUUAGAAACCAGAAUCUCUCUGCCAAUAAUAUUUAUUUAUUACAUUUCUGUGCCGGGAGUUUGCUAGCCAAAUAAUACAUGCAGGGGUUCUCCGGUAAUUCAGGUGCCUUGGGCUGAAUCCGCUUCAAAGUAUCCUUUUGGUUUUCUCCGCGGUGGUCAGUCGGAGAGGAGUGGACGCCCCCAAAGAAUUCCGCUGGGCAGCAACUUAUGCAAAUGAGGGGAUCCUUCCUUCCCAAAGCCCUCCCCUCUCGGUGAACUUGGCCGAGGAAACAAAUCGCCCAGCCAGUACGGCUCGACGAGAAGCGCCGGGGCUUGCUACGACAAGGCCCCCGGUCUGGGGAACAGGGAAGCUCCCCUCCAAUUCCCGAGGACUCCGGCAUUUGCGAGCAGAUGGGCAACCGAGCCUUCCGGGAGGGGCGUCCCCGGACUGCAGUUCGGCUCUCCGGGGUGGCGUGCGUGGGUUGGAGUAGGCGCGCGCACUCUGUCCUCUUUCGGCACCCUUGCCCAAACGCGGCUGCCCCCGAUGCAGGCCCGGCAGUCGAACUCUCGCGCGGGUCCGUCUUACGAAUUGAAUGGGACCCCCCCGAGACUUGGAGCCCGCCCGCCUCGCCCACCUUGCUGCAGCGCUUGCGGCUCGCGUCCUCCGCGAAGCAGGUGGCUGCCGCCUUCAGGCCCGCGAAUCGAGGGUGUCCUCCACAGCAUGGACUAGAGGUAGGUGAAAGUGGGGCGAAAUCACACGGGAGCCUCGCUGGGGGCCGCCAGCAAUCCCCGAGGAUUCCGCUGAAGCCACCUUCGGCCGCGCUCUACCCAGCCGGGAGCCACGCUCGGCGAGCUGGGAUGCGCGCUGCUCGCGACGGUGCUCAAGGGAGGCUCCGGGUCCGCUGCCGCUCUCCUUGACCUGAUGCAGAAGGCGGGGCGCGGCGCGCGGAUGAAGGAGCCUCCCGCCCUCCUCCUCCUCCUUCUCCCCCGAGUGGGUCAGAGAUAAGCCGCCUCCCUCAGGCCGCCCUUCUCUUAGGUGUUCGGAGCAGGAGUCCUCCUCGGGAGGGAGGAGGGAAGGGUUCCGCAGCCCCUGCGCAGCUCCGCGGCUGGGCCCGAGCUUACGCCGCUUCCGGUUUUGCAGCUGGAGCCGCGUCGGCGUCCUGCAAAUGGCCCGGCUGGAUGCGGCAGGACUGGUGCUGCUGCUCAGUGCAGUUCCUGAGGGAAAGCGAGGACCGGGAGGCUCAGUGCAGCACCGGCGGCGGCGGGAGCAGAAGGCGCUAGAAGAGCUCCGCCGGCGGCGGCGGCGGCGGCAACAGCAGGAGGUGGAGGAGCGGGACCGCCGGCCUGCGGCAUCUCCCAUCCUGGGCCGGCGGCUUGGGCAGCGCGAGGAGGACGAGGGCCAGGGGCGAGAGGCUCUUGGGCUGCGGCUGUCUCGGCAUGAGGAGCGCUCUGACGGCGCCCGGCUUUUCCAUGUGGCUGAUUGGCGUGUCGCUCGCCUGUUACUCGCCUAGUCUGCGCUCGGUGCAGGACCAGGCGUACUCGGCAGCCGUGGUGCUGGAGGGCAAGGUGCAGGCUUUGCCGCCGGCGGAUUCUCCGACGCAGGCGACCGGCAACUGGAGCAGGGAGGAGACGCCGACGUCCGGCAUUCUGGUGAAGGUCCUGGACUUGUGGCCCCUCAACAGCGGUGGGCUCCAGAGGGAGCAGCUCAUCCGCGUGGGCGCCAUGCCGGCGCCCUGCUUCAAAGUCAAGCGUAACCACCGCUACAUCUUCUUCCUGGAGCCCACCGAGCAGCCGCUGGUCUUCAAGACCUCUUUCGCCCCGUUGGACACCAGCGGCAGGAACCUCAAGAAGGACGUGGGCCGGAUCCUGUGCGCCGACUGCGCUGUCGCUCCAAAACUCAAGAAACUAAAGAGCCUAAAUGUAGAAGUUGGAGCAAAGGUUUUUUUAAAAUGCGAGGCAAGCGCUGGAAAUCCUCAGCCAUCCUACAAAUGGUUCAAAGAUGGCAAAGAAAUUAAAAAGAGCAAAGAUAUCAGAAUAAAAUAUGGGAAUGGAAAGAAAAUAUCUAGACUUCAGUUCAGUAAAGUGAAAGUUGAAGAUACUGGGGAAUAUAGUUGUGAAGCUGAGAAUGUCCUGGGAACAGACAUUGCCACAGGCAGUCUCAUAGUCAGGAGUGUAACCACAACUCUGCCUUCUGGGCCUGGACAUACUAGACAAUGCAAUGAAACCGUGAAAUCCUAUUGUGUGAAUGGUGGAGUGUGUUAUUAUAUUGAAGGCAUAAAUCAGCUGUCAUGCAGGUGUCCGAAUGAAUUCACAGGGGACCAGUGUCAGAACUUCGCAAUGGCCAGCUUUUCCAAGCAUCUUGGAUUAGAGUUAAAGGAAGCCGAGGAGCUGUAUCAGAAGAGAGUUUUAACCAUUACUGGGAUUUGUGUUGCGUUGCUUGUUGUGGGAAUAGUAUGUGUAGUAGCUUACUGUAAAACCAAAAAACAGAGAAAUCAGAUGCACAAUCAUUUGCGGCAAAACAUGUGUCCAGCCCAUCAGAACAGGAAUCUAGCGAAUGGCCCUAGCCAUCCUCGGCUGGACCCUGAGGAAAUUCAGAUGGCUGAUUAUAUAUCUAAAAAUGUUCCUGCUACUGAACAUGUCAUAAGAAGAGAAAUAGAGACCACCUUUUCAGGGAGCCGUUCCUGUUCACCAUCACACCCCUCUUCCACAGGAACCCCAACUUCAAGCCAAAGACAUGAAAGCCACACCUGGAGCUUGGACCGCACAGAAAGCAUCACUUCUGAUUGUCAGUCUGGGAUGAUGUUGUCUUCUGUGGGAACCAGCAAGUGCAACAGUCCUGCUUGUAUGGAAGCUCAUGCUCGGCGGGAAGCAUCCUAUUCCAUUGAGGAACAGCGGAGGCCAAUGAUGCAAUACAGAGAUUCUGUGGAUUCCCUUCGGGACUCACCACAUAGUGAGAGAUAUGUCUCUGCCUUGACUACCCCAGCACGCCUGUCCCCUGUUGACUUCCACUGCUCAGCUUCAGCCCACAUGCCCACCUUUGAAAUCACCUCUCCUAAUUCUGUUCAUGCGGUCUCACUCCCCCCGGCUGCAUCCAUUAAUUUCCAAGUGGAGGAUCAACAGCCAUUGCUGAGAAGGUACCAAGCCCCCUGUCAAGAUGCACAGAGGUAUGAUACUUACUACCAAAGAAGGAACUAUCUGAAUGAGAGCACAGGGAGCUUGCCCUCCAGUCCCUUCCGCAUCACAGAGGAUGAUGAAUAUGAGACAACCCAUGAGUACAUCACUGCACUAGAACAGCCAAAGAGAACAGGCAGCAGCAACAGGCGGUGGAGGAGAUCUAAACUGAACGGCCACCUGUCUCACAGAGGCAGAAUGCUUAGAGAUUCCUUUUCAGUCAGCAGCGCCUCAUACAGUGAGUCUGAUGAGGAGCUGAUAGCUGAGAGCACCCCUUUCUUAAGCAAUCAGAACAUGGAGGCAACGGACACAGGUUUGUAUUGCUCAGCUGACGACAACAGAACUUUCUCUUCUUUCAGCAGAUUCAACACACAGGGUGAAAGCCAACAAACACACAGCAGAUCCAGCCAAGGUUUUACACCACCCUAGGUGUUACACACUCUUCCUCAUGUCCACUUCCAUGAAUACAUCAGUACCGAGGAAGAUGAUGUGACAGAAAAGACAAAUUUUUAUUUUAUAGAAAAAUGCAAAAAUAUAACAAAUGAAAUGUUUUAUUUUCAUUUUAGCAAUGAUGUCUUAUAAGAGCUAAUGGCAAAGACCUUUUUGUAAGGAAUCUAUUUAUAUGUAACAUCUUGAUUUACAGCUUCUCAGAAAAACAGAAACUUAACAAAAACAUUUUAAAAGAUGGGCCAAUUUUUGACUACAAAUCAUUCAAAAAUAUUGUGGUGCCUUUUUGCUGUAUGUGAAUGCCAGAGUCCACACUGAAUAUUAUGUUUAAGCAUUCUUGAAACACAGGCUUUAUGUUCAGGACAAUUUGUUAUAAAAUAUUCCAGUUAGCAUUUUUCCAUUUGAACAGCACCCUUUUAAAUUUCUUGAUACCUAGAGAUUAAUGAUCUAGUGUUGCUAAAGUAAUGUGCUCUCUGUCCAUUUCCCAUUUCCUUUCCCUCUUGCGCAGGUGCGCAUAAAUGUAUGUUUCAAUGUUUUCAUAAAUAUUUUUCCCUAUCGAGGAAAAUACUACAUACUGGUAAGUAAAAUUGGUUUCUCUGAUAAGAUAAACCAUAAACAAAAAUGGGGGUGAAGAAGAAAGGAAACAGAAUUAUACAAUAUCAAUAGCCCUUCCACUGUAUUUCUGAUCCUCAAGAGAUCUGUGACCAAGAAAACCCCCCCCCCCAAACAAAACAUUGCAAAUUAUUAAAUCAUACUAUUUCAAGUAAUGCUGCUCCUAAAAUCUAUUUUAACACCAUUUCUGGAGAUAAACUUCAGCUGUUUAGUAGUGAUAUAAGCCACUGCUGUGCAUGCACAGAACAAAACUGUUCUCCAUUUUCUGACCCCAGUUUGAUCAUCAAAGAAAUACAAUUCCCCAUCAUGGAACAUACAAGGCGUGCAAAGUGCUGUUGAGAAAGGGUUUCAAAAGCCUCCAGUGAUCCAGAUGACUCUGGAGUAAUGCCACCCCCUUCUUUCCCUCCUUCCUUGUUCCUUCUCCUGAGAUAGUGCCAGCAGCAUGCUAACCUUGCCUCAGUCUUCUUCCUAUGGAAAGAAACAUCAAAGAAAAUGCUGUUGUGUGCUCCAUUUUGUAAAGAUGGUUGUAAAUGUAACAUUUGAGUAUUUCACAAGAACUUUCCAUUUAAAAAUAAAGCCACCAGGUAUUCUGGUUGAUGAGCUAAAGAGCUUUCUGGGUGUGGGUGGCAAGAAAACUUCCCCUGAGACAGAGAAAAUGGCUCUUUCUUUUCAGUUUCUCCUGGAGCUUCCUUUUGACAUUAUGGCCUGCCUUUUUCUUUUCCUGUUUUCACUUUGCAUGUCCUUUGCAUUUCAAAUACUAUAAAUUGGAUGCAUGGAGAACCUAGAACUGAAAAGACAAAAUACAGUUGCCAGUGUAUUUGUUUACUUUUUAGCAAUAAAGUACUUUAAAUCCUUUGUUCCUAAUGCCUAACAAGGUCCAGUAGAAAAGCUGCUACUUUGUCAUAAAAAAGAUUGUAAAAUUUUGCUCUGGAUUGUCUGGAUGUUAGAACUCUUGACUGUUUAACACUUGAAUUUUUUUAAUACUAUAAAUAAAAGUAAAAAAUGGCUACAA